AUGGCUGGAAAUAGUUGUUCGUCUUUCUUUUAUAAAUUAAAGAAGAUCGUUGCCAUACUUAUUUUACCUGUAUUUCUUUGUCUUUACGCCAAGACUAUUCAAAACAUCUCUCAAAUUAUACUUUCUUAAAACUUAAAUAAAUAAAAUUAAAUAAAACAAUAAAACAACGUAACAUUUACAAUCGCGCUAAGUUUUAUCUAAAACAAGGGCGUGUAACUCUGCCCCGACUGUAGCGUUAAGGAUACCGGAUCAGCAUAGCGUAUAAAGGAGCGGCAACCAACGAGAGAAAGCCGCAACAGAUCUCAGCUGUUAGUUCAACACUGGCCGUCAACCAGAAUGGGGCCAUAAUACUAGUGUUUACAUAUUGUGUGCAUCCAGAUAGACAGCAGAAGCCAGCAGUAUAAAAACUAUAUUCACUGAGAUCCCAGAAGUUGAGUUUCUAAACAUACAGAUUCACUAAGAAGAGCUGGAAAAAAAACCAAUAAAAACUCCACAAGUCUGAACCAUGACAGUCCAUCAUUGUAUGUACAUAGGAGCAUUAUGUGUGUAUCUAGUUUUAGGUCAACGUGAAGUCCCGGUCCAGCGUUUUGAUGGAUGGUACAACAACCCCCUCAACCCCAGCUGGGGAGGCGUAGGACGUCCGCUUGAGAGAAAUAUAACACCCACCUAUGAAGACGAGACCUACCAACUCUCCGGAUGGGAUCGCCCAAAUCCUCGACGAAUCAGCAACGAGCUGUUCGGGAACAUCGCUGGCGAGUCGGGAAUUCCCAACCAGAAAGACCUGACCGCACUCUUUGCAUUUUUUGGUCGUCUUGUUGAGUAUGAGAUACUGGACACCGAUGACGUCACCUGCCCCAUGGAGUUAGUCAACACUCCCGUGCCCCGCGGUGACCCCGACUUUGACCCCGAUUCCACGGGAAGGGAGAGCAUCCCGUACGAGCGAAAAGCCUACGACAAGAACACGGGCCAAUCGCCGAACAAUCCUAGGAGACAGCUGAAUGGUGCAUCUAGCUACAUCGACGGAAGUUUUAUUUACGGCAACAAUGUCGUUCGCACCGAGUUUCUUCGACAACCUAACAGCGGAAAGCUGGCCUGUGAGGACAAAUGGGGAAAAUUUCCACUGCGAAAUGAGGUCAACCUAAAAUAUCACCCUCUCACUUACAGCCACAAUACCGCCCCGGACCUUUGGCGUCUUGGAGACCCUCAUGUUUUCGAGAACCCGGCGUUGUUGGCAUUGAGCGUCAUGUUUUAUCGAUACCACAACAAAGUAGUCGAUAAAAUCUUAGAACAUCGCGCAAAUUUGACGAAUGAUGAAGUUUUUGAGCAGGCUAGACGCAGAGUCAUAGCUACAAUGCAGAAAAUAAUAGUCUAUGAUUGGUUGCCUAAGUUGAUUGGUCAUAGUUUGCCACCCUACACUGGUUACAAAUCUUCAAUGAAAAGUGAUAUCACAGAUAUUUUUGAUGCUGGCGCCAUCAACUAUAUAAUGACAUUAAUUCCAGCAGGAAUUAACCAGUUAGACAAGAAGUGUAGCAUUAGAAAGGAAGGAAAACACAAAGGAAAACGUCUGUGUCGGACAUAUUGGAAGGCUAUGGAGGCAGUGUAUGAGGAAGAAGACAGUGUCAAUGAUAUUUUGAAAGGUCUAGCAGCACAGUGGGCAGAGAAAGCUGACACAUACGUUGUUCAAGAUUACAGAAGUUACUUUUAUGGCACCGCAUACCACACGAGCAACGAUGCCGUGCUGCAGGCCAUCAUGAAAGGCCGAGAUUACGGUCUACCUGACUACAACACAGUCAGGCUCACCAUGGGGUUGCCUGUUAAAAACUCAUUUGAAGAAAUAAACACACAGUUGAAUGAAAGCAACCCACAGCUGAUGGAAACAUUCAAAAGGAUCCACAUGAAUGACCUGAGUAAGGUGGACAUGUUUGUUGGGGGCAUGAUGGAGACAACAGACGAAGGUCCUGGCGAACUCUUCACUCUCAUCCUCUAUGACCAGUUCAUCAGGAUCAGGGACGGAGACAGGUUCUGGUUUGAGAACAAAGAUAAUGGGUUGUUCAGUAGUGAGGAAAUAGCUGAGAUCCAGAGCAUCACACUCCAUGAUAUUAUUUACAAUGUCACACAGAUUGAGGACAAGUUCCUACAGAAGGAUGUUUUUCUUGUCUCUAAUGACACCUGUGCAGAACCUCAAACAUUUAAUGAAUCUCAACUUGCUCCAUGUCCCAAGAAUACUGAUAGAGAUUACUUUAAAGGGAGCGAAAUAGCAUACAUUAUCAUCUGGACUUGCAUUGGAUUGCUUCCCUUAUUGUGUAUUUUAACUGCAUUUAUCCUGGCCAAAUGCAAGAGGUGGCAGCACCAGAAACACCUCAACUCCAUGAAGAUAGAGAAGGAGAAGAAGAGAAUCUUGAGAAGGACAAUUUCCUGUAGUGUGUCUGUGCAUGAUGCCUUGGAAUGGCGAGGCUGUGAUGUAGAGCCAAGAUCAGUGGAACUACAUCUGACCAACAAAGGUUGUCUAGAGAUCUUUGCAACAAGCGGCAUGCACAUCAGGUCAAUCAAAAUCAGCUACCUGUCCACCGUUGCCAUUAAGAUGAGCUCCAACAAAAAGAGAAAUGUUCUGGCCAUUAUCAUGCCUAGAGAGUAUGACCUGGUUGUUGAGUUUCCCUCUGAGCCAAUGAGAAAUGAGUUCUGUACGGUGCUGUGUACGUUUGCCCAGACCCACAACGUAGACUUCUCUGUGAUAGAGCUGAGGCUACGAGACCUGUACAACGCUGCCACGACCAAGGAAAAAAGAAACAAAAUGCUGGAAAAGUUCUUCAAGACUGUCUUCUCUGAGGCAUUUAAUAUGGAUUACAAUCCUAACUUUGACACCAUACAACUGGACAUGAGGAAAUAUAGCCAGGAAAUUAUGGAGGUUGAACUGUCUAAGGAAGAGUUUGCUGAAGCCAUGGCUAUCAAGCCCAACUCCCUGUUUGUGGAGCACUUCUUCUCUCUGAUUGACUCCGAUAGGAACGGCUACAUUUCCUUUAGGGAGUUCCUCAAUGCUGUGGUCCUCUUCUCUAAAGGUUCAAUCAACGAGAAACUCCAGACCAUGUUCUACAUGUAUGAUAUAGAUGGCACAGGCUACAUGAGCCAGAAACAGAUUGGACAAAUGUUCAGGUCCCUGCUGGAGCUGGCCCAGAGCAACCUGGACUACGAGGAUGUCAACCUGCUGGUGGAGUCUCUGUGUAGCCAGUCUGGGAUGGAACCCAAGGAGAAAUACACCUUUGAGGACUUUGUCCACCUGCUCUCACCUGAGAUGAAUAAAUUAUCACACUCUUCUUUUGAUUGGAAGGGUUUGUCAAAUGUGCUGCCAAAAUCACCCAAGAAAAGCAGUGACAGUGACAUGCGCAAGAGGGGGUCAAUGGCAUCCCUGUCAGGGCUGGAGAAUGGAGGAGGGUCCAAGCUGGUUAAGAAGUUUGAGGCUGUGAGGGAGACGUACACGCCUGUCAAGGCCAAGAUGAAGCUGGUCAAACACUUUAUUGAGAACUACAGGCAGCACAUCUUCUUCCUCAUCCUGUUUUAUGGCGUCUGUGUCGGGCUGUUUGCUGAAAGGUUUUAUUACUACACAGUGGAACAGGAACACUCAGGCUUCAGGAAACUGAUGAGUUAUGGCAUCAGCUUUACACGUGGUGCUGCUGCUGCUAUGUCUUUCACAUUCAGUUUUCUACUGCUGACCAUGUGCCGGAACACAAUCACAUACCUGAGGUCAACAGCCUUGAACUUGUUCAUUCCGUUUGACUCACACAUCUCAUUCCAUAAGGUUGUCGCCUGGACAGCUUUAUUCUUCUCAGCUAUUCACGUCAUUGGCUACAGCUUCAACUUUUAUCACCUUGUCUCUCAGCCCACCAAAUACCUGUGUAUUUUUACAAGCUUGGUCUUCAGGAAUGAAAUACCUCUCACAUUCCAAGAAUGGGUCUUUGGAACCAUGCCAGGUUUUACUGGGGUCCUGCUAGUCCUAGUCCUGUGUGUCCUGUACACGUUUGCCACCCAGAUUGCCAGGCGCCACAUCUUCACCCUCUUCUGGAUGACCCACAAGCUGUUCAUUGCCCUGUACGUGCUGACCAUCAUCCACGGCGCCACCGUGGUCGUACAGAAGCCGAUGUUCUUUGCCUACCUGACCGGCCCCGCCAUCUUGUUCACACUCGACAAGCUCAUCUCUCUCAGCCGCAAGAAAACUGAGAUCUGCAUCUUAAAGGCACAAAACCUACCCUCAGACGUGACUAUGAUAGAAUUCAAACGACCCCCAAGAUUUGAAUACAAAUCUGGCCAGUGGGUGCGCAUAGCCUGCCUGGCACAAGGUAAAGAUGAGUACCACCCAUUCACCUUGACCUCUGCCCCACAUGAGGACACCCUGAAGCUCCACAUCCGAGCCCUGGGACCGUGGACCUGGAACCUGAGGCACAUAUUUGAUGAUGACAAGAGCAGCAAGAACUACCCAAAGCUGUACCUAGAUGGCCCCUAUGGAGCUGGCCAACAGGACUGGUACCAGUAUGAUGUCAGCGUACUGGUGGGAGCUGGUAUUGGGGUCACCCCCUACGCCUCCAUCCUGAAAGACUUUGUCCACAUGUCAUCCAUCAACAUGAGAUACAAGGUCAAAUGUCAGAAGCUGUAUUUCAUCUGGAUCACUGGCAGCCAGCGCCAUUUUGAGUGGCUGAUUGACAUCCUGAGGGAGGUGGAGGAGAUCGACACCGAGGGCAUGGUGUCUAUAGACAUCUUCAUCACACAGUUCUUUCAGAACUUUGAUCUUAGGACCUCCUUACUGUAUAUUUUUGAGGAACAUUUCCAGAAGAUGAAUGGGGGGAGAAGUGUUUUCACAGGUCUGAAGGCCACGACACAUUUUGGUCGGCCUCAGAUGAACAAAAUCAUGGACGCUGUCCAUAGGGCUCACCCACAGACAAGAAAAGUGGGCGUGUUCAGCUGUGGACCACCAGGUGUGACCAAAGGUGUGGAGCGGGCAUGUGUUGACACCAGCAAGGUCACCAAGGCCAUGUUUGAACACCAUUUUGAAAACUUUUAGGCCAAAUGUACCAGUGUGACCAAACUUGUUGAGCUUUUUUUUUAAUCACGACAUGACUCCAGAUAUUUUAAUAAUUUCCAACAAACUUUUUAUUUGCUCUUACAGCUAAGUGCCUUAGGAAGGAUACAAUUAUACUUUAUUCUUUAAGAAAAUCCAAACUAUUUUGGAAAAACCUUUUACAGUUUAAAAAAAAAUGCUUGUUUCAGUUAUAAAAAAAACAUUAACUUUACAGGCACUCUUAGAAGUGUCUAACUUAGCACUUUGUCUUUCCUUAUAGAUAAGUGUAGAAAUAUUAUUUAUAUGUACACUUUAUGCAAGUAUAGCCAUGUGUACUCAUACUGCUGAGACGUAUUUUGACAUACAUUUACUUGAUAUACAUUUUGAUCAUAUUUGUGAUAUAAUUUGUGAGUGUAAAUUUGUGUACAGUGUUGCCUGUUAUUUUACUGAUCUUGUUGUAAUUCUUACAUGCCAAAUGUUUUAUUUUAUAAAUAAUUGUACAUAUCUUUGUGAAUCCUUUUUACAUGUAUUUUGUUUUCAUUUUUGGUGAUAUAUUUCUAAGAAUUUUUUCCUCUAACUGAUAGAUUAGCUAGUUGUAGACAUAACUGGUGGGUUUUGUAAUCUAAGUGGUUUACCUUUAGUUUUUAAAAGAUUUCCAUAACUAUAUUUCCAUUCCAUAUUUUUAAUGAUUUAUGUUUUAAUGAAUGUAAUUUAUUCAAGAAAAAAUUAAUAAUUUGUUAAGAUGGUACAUGAUUUUCUUAAAAAUAAGAUUUUUUAAAUGCUUAGAACCAGAAAAUAUAACAAAAGUUUUAACCAUAAUUUAAAAAAAAGAACAAUUAUUAUAAUCCAUAAUUUUAAAGUAAGGACCGGAAAUUUAAUUUAUUCUAGAAUAAUAUGUUAGUAUUUUUGUGAUCAGAAACAUAGCUAAGAACCUAUUAAGUGUAUUAUAAAGCACUGCAGCAAAUUUUAAGAUCUGUCAUAUGUUAUCUA